AUGGGCUCCGUCGGGUCGUUGGCCUCGCGCGGUGACGUGCUGCCGGCGCCGAGGGUCGAAACGCAAAAUGGGAGCGUUCAGGGGAGGAGGAUACAACUGAAGAACGGCAUCCAGUGCGACAUGUUCCAGGGCAUUCCCUAUGCCCAGCCACCCGUCGGGGAACUACGGUUUCGGAAACCCCAGCCCGCCAAGAGAUGGGAAGGAGUACUGAAAUGCACCCGAUACCGCAACCGCUCCCUGCAAAGCGAUAUGUUUUGGGAAAAGCUGACGCAAAGUGCUUCCUGCUCCGAGGAUUGUCUCUAUUUGAACGUGUUCGCGCCGGCCGUCGAUGGGGAAAAGACGUACCCAGUGUUGUUCUACAUCCACGGCGGCGGCUUCGUGAUGGACAGCCCAGCGCGGCUGGUGCCGAAAAAGCUGUGCAAGUAUGUGUUUCAUAACUUUAUCAAUACCUUGAGCAUUUGCGGAUUU